CUGUGAGGGAGGCGAGAACAUGGCGGAAGCGGCGUGAGGGCUUCGUGCGCCCAGCGGGUGCGUCUCCUCUGUGGUGGGAGGAUUAUUCCAUAGCUAUGGAGAAUGAACCAAGCACAACAGCAUCUUCCCCAUGCACAACCACCAUCACUACUACGUCAUCCCCGUCUCGUGCACAGCCGCCUCAGAUAUCGGUCUACAGUGGCGCAGAUCGACAUGCUGUGCAGGUUAUUCAGCAAGCCUUGCACCGCCCCCCUAGCUCUGCGGCGCAGUACCUUCAGCAGAUGUAUGCCGCUCAGCAGCAGCACCUGAUGUUACAGACUGCCGCUUUGCAACAGCAGCAUUUGAGCAGCACUCAGUUCCAGAGCCUAGCCAGCGUUCCACAGGCAAACCUGUCAGGUGGGAGGCAGUGUGCAUCCCCCAACAGCAGUGUCACUCAGCAGUCAAGCAUGUCAGAGACCUCGAUUAAUCUUUCUGCUUCUCCUACACCUGCGCAGCUAAUAAGCCGUUCGCAGACCUCGAACAGCAGCAGCAGCAGCCUGACCCAGCAGACCAUGUUAUUGGGGAGCACCUCCCCUACUUUGACUGCAAGCCAGGCUCAGAUGUACCUACGUGCUCAAAUGCUAAUUUUUACACCUGCUACCACUGUGGCGGCUGUCCAGUCUGACAUCCCUGUUGUCUCAUCGUCCUCUUCGUUCCCCUGUCAGUCUGCAGCUACUCAGGUUCAGAAUUUAACCCUGCGUAGCCAGAAGUUGGGUGUGUUGACUAGUUCGCAGAACGGCUCCCCAAAAAGCAGCAGUCAAGCCCAAGCAUUAGCGAUGUGUCCUAAUAAACCUAUCACCAGCACCAAAGCCAGCCAGUCGGAUCCUCUGGAAAGCAAAAGAAAAGGAGACAGCCCGACCGCAGAGCCUCGAAGCCCGGCUGUGACGCGAACAUCAAGUAUUCACCAGCUCAUAGCACCAGCGUCCUACCCUCCAGCUCAACCUCAUUCUCUACUGAAGCAUCAGCAGUCCCCCGUACACUCCCCACCUUCAAAGAUUUCUCACCAUCAGCUCAUCUUCCAACAGCAGCAAGUUCAACCAAUCACACUCCAGCUUCCUUCCAGCCAGGAAUCACCUCCAUCGCCACAUUGCAUCCCGCUCCACGGCCACGCGCUCCCUCCGCCUCCCUGCAGUACCCCAUCGCCACAUUGUGCAUCUAUCCAGAUCCCUCCCCCUACACUCUCUCCGCCUCCGUCCCAGUCCUCGCAGCAGUCGGUGGUGGUGUCCCCUCCGCCUCCUCAUUCGCCCAGCCAGUCACCAACAAUAAUUAUCCACCCCCAAGCUCUUAUUCAGUCGCAUUCGCAUCAUCUCGCAUCGACAGCACUUCAGUCGGAGCAGAACCCAGCACACGCCCGGGACCAUUCGACAGAACCGGCGUCGCAGCCCGUCCAUCUUCCACCCCAACUCCCAUCUUCCCCAGCAAUACACAUGGGAGCAUCAGACCAGCCUGCAGCGGUGUCUACAAGCCACCAGGUGACAUCUCCGACGUCACGCCAACAGUAUCCGGUCUUGCAGCCCACACCAAUCCCAGUUGCAGCUUCCCCGCGGCUGCCAACCUCUCCAACCCAUAAUCAGCAUCUCCCUCUUCCGUCUUUACAACCCGAAAUUUUGUCCCAGGGUCAGGUGUUGGUGCAGAAUACGUUGGUUUCUGAGGAGGAGCUGCCUGCCGCUGAAGCUUUGGUCCAGCUGCCAUUUCAGACUCUUCCUCCUCCCCAGACAGUUGCAGUAAACCUUCAAGUACAACCAGCAGUACCUGUGGAGCCCCCAGUGUGCAGACCCCUUCUGAAGUCUUUUAGGAUUUAUCAAGUGGAGGACAUGUGUGAGGAAGAGAUGCCAGAGGAAUCUGAGUGCAUCCACAUGGCGAGGACCCCGACCCCACCCACCUUGUCGCCACCAGCUAUCACCUUACAUAACAGAGACGAACUUGCGUAUGAGGAGCCUUUUUCAGAACAAGAGGGACAUUCUUCAGUGGCCUCAUCAGUCAGCGCUUCCGUAAUAAAAUCACCAUCAGACCCUUCACACGUCUCUAUUCCACUGCCACCGCUUUUGCUUCCGGCAAUCACCACACGGAGUAACAGCGCAUCCAUGGCUAAUAGGAUCCCUAGCAUAGAAAACAAGCCGCCGCAAGCGAUCGUUAAGCCACAAAUCCUGACCCAUGUCAUUGAGGGCUUUGUGAUCCAAGAGGGGUUAGAACCAUUUCCUGUAAGUUGUUCCUCUCUUCUGAUCGAGCAGCCUGCCAAAAAAAGACUCCUGAUGGAGGACCAGGUGAUGAAUGUUAUGUGUGUUGAGCCCGAACUACAAAACAAUGCAAAGCAUGCUGAUAAUUCCUCAGAUACUGAAGCGGAGGACAUGAUCACUGAAGAGGGACUAGAUGAGAUGGAAACCGACCUCCUUAAGUGCGAGUUUUGUGGCAAAAUGGGGUACGCAAACAAGUUUCUCCGGUCGAAGCGCUUUUGCACCAUGUCCUGUGCCAAAAGGUACAAUGUCAGCUGCAGUAAGAAAUUUGGAUUAUAUGCGUCAGACAAGAGCAGUCGUUGGAACCGGAGUCCAGACAGCCAAAGCCUGGGACGACGCGGGCGCCGGCCCAGUGGCUCUGACGGAGCUCCAAGAGAACACUUCCAUAGACAGCUUCCAAUUGCUUAUCCAUCCGCAGAAGAAGACUUGGCUUCUCAGGAGGACAGUGUGCCGGUUGCCAUGACCACGCGGCUGCGGAGGCAAAGUGAGAGGGAAAGAGAGCGUGAGCUUAGAGAGCUGAGAAUUAGGAAGAAGGCAGACACCAUGGAUCUGUUACCGGCGGUGCAAUCUGACCCAUCCUUGUGGACAGUUGAAGAUGUUUGGGCCUUCAUACGUUCUUUGCCUGGUUGUCAGGAUAUUGCUGACGAGUUUCGAACCCAGGAGAUUGACGGGCAGGCUCUCCUGUUGUUAAAAGAGGAUCAUCUCAUGAGUGCAAUGAAUAUUAAGCUAGGACCCGCGCUGAAAAUUUGUGCCCGGAUCAACUCCUUGAAGGAAUCAUAGUGGAGAACUGAGACUUAAAGCGACAGCGUCCACUAGACGACAGACUUGUGAAGUAAUAAGUCAACAUCUUAACCAUUGAUGUGAUUAUUACGACUGUGUUUUGCGAAGCAUCUUUUUCCACGUAAGGACUAUUGGAGAGCAUAUUUAAUACAAUCCUAACUAAACCUUCCAGUAAUUGUCCAGCUUAUCAGGAAGAAUAAACUGUCUUGUCAAACUGGUGGUCGUCAAACGCAAGGUGAGGUAGAGUCGGUGAAAAGCUCGACGAAGCGUCUGUUAACGUGUUGUGGGUGAUGCUUAUUCCAAAAGGGCGAUUAUUUACCAUACAAGCUUUUUUUAAAGAUACAGCUUUGAUUACAGUUUUAAAUUGUGUUUCUAUACACUUUUUUUUCCUUUGUAGAAAGCUUUUUAAGAAUACAGAUUAACAGAAGAGUCCACAGAGUCUGUGGAAGCAUUGAUUAUGGUAAAAUGCUAUGCAUUUAAUUGUGCUCUUUGAGUGUCAAUUAAUCUUGAGCGUACAGUUUGAAGGGCUCCUGUAACUGACUGCCUCUUCUCUCAUAAUCCUAUAUUUCACCGAACCAUUAUAGUAUUUUCGUCAAGCAAGGAAGCUUUCUGCAGAAGACGCCAGACGUUUUUGCAAAUGCAGCAAGCCUUCCGCUUUCAAAAGCUUGGGUCACCUGAACGCCAUACUUUUCCCAUGUCAGCGUAAAGCAGCACUCCCACGUAUUAACGCGGGUGGGGUGGGGUGGGGUGGGAAGACUUUCUUGAUCAGUAAGAUUGUACAAUAAGUCAGACGCACAUAUUGAUAAAGCUGCUGUGAGCGAGAGUGGCGAGAGAUCCUUCCCAGAGAGUACAGAAAGCACAGACGUCAUGUUCUUUGUAUGCUUGCUAUGCUCUAAAGAGGGCAUUGUGUUGUUAUCCUUCUAGCUUUUCUUGCUGCUAUGUGACCUAGACCAAUGAUGCGCCUGUCUACUCACUAGUCCAGGGAACCCAACGUUAUCUAUGUGCUGUUCUGCAGCUCUGAUUUCUCAAGUGACCCCAAGGGGCAAACUGAAUUUGCAGACAUCUCUUCUCUUGCCCCUUUCCCCCUCCCCCAGGCAGAUAUUCUGCUCGAUGCUGGUAGAGCCGUUGUACUCUGCCCCGCCACCCCACCCACCCCAAUUUUGAAUGAACACUUUUUGAAACUGCAGUUGGUUUAAGUUCUUGACAUUUUUCCUCCUGGCCCAGUGUCAUAAGUUGAACAAGUUACUCGUCUUAUAACAAAGGCUCCCAAACCAAACACCACCAAAGUAUUAAGGCUGUUCGUCUACAAAGCAGUUUCGCAUAUUGCAUCCUACAUUCUGAUGUUUGGUCAUUGACCGUAAAUAAAGACUUCUUCUUCCUACAUUCUGGACCCCACUGAGUUAACCAAGUUAAAUGACAUGGGUCCCAGUCCAUCGGGAACUAAGAAACCCCACUGACAUGAGCAAGGCCAUGAAAUCACAUUUAAUUUCAGUGGAACUUGUACAGAAGAAAUCCCCAAAGGAUCGUGAUCACCAUGUAACCCAGGGGUGUCCAACUCUGAUGCCCCAGAUAUUCAUGAACUUCGAUUCCCAUCAUAGUCCAUGAAUAUCUGGGGCACCUGAGUUGGAUACCCCUGAUGUAACCGAAUGUGAAUCAUAUUAUCAUCAAUAAUAUGAAUCAAAGUUUUAUUGUUGUUCAUGAUCGAUGAGACAAUUGGUAAGCUUUUACUCACUGUAUAGAUGAAAAACCACAAUAAUUCAUCAGAGAAUUACCCUUCUCUGUUUUUGUUUAGAGUGAACAAAAGUUUUGAUUUACCGUCUUAAAACGAAGGGUUUUGUUUGUGCAUUAUGACCUGAGUUGUUUAAUUAAGGAUAGUUUAGAAUUAGCAAAAGCACUUAGACUUGCAUGCUGGUCUGGAGUUUUGGAACACUUUCAGAAACGUGUUUCUAGCUGUAAUAGUUAACUGUUCAUGGAUUAAUUGUUGAAAGGUUGUCAGAGGCUCAAAGUAAUCCAGUUCCUUACAGAGUUAAGGAAAGCCACCAAACAUUUA